AGCCCCCUGCCCUGGCCCUGGUUCAGAGUCUCAAUGGGGGCACUGAGGCUGGAGGGCAGGGGUGGAAGGCCCCAGGGGAGGGGCUCCCUCCUGCUGGCUGUGGCAGGAGCCACUUUCCUGGUGACCCUGUUGCUGGCGGUGCCUAUCACUGUCCUGGCCGUGCUGGCCUUAGUGCCCCAGGAUCAGGGAGGUCCGGUAACAGAGACUGCUGACCCUGGGGCACAGGCCCAGCAAGGACCCCAGCAAGGACCCCGGCAAGGGCCCGGAUUUCGGGAGCUGCCGGAGGAGGAGCCAGAAACAGACCUCAGUCCCCGGCUCCCGGCCGCCCAUCUCAUCGCAGGCGCUCGGAUGACGGGGCAGGGGCCAGGCUGGGAGGCGACGAAGGAAGAGGCGUUUCUGAGGAGCGGGACGCGGUUCUCGGACGCCGAGGGGCUGGCGCUCCCGCGGGACGGCCUCUACUACCUCUACUGUCACGUCGGCUACCGGGGCCGGGCGCCCCCUGCCGGCGGGGGCCCCCGGGGCCGCCCGGUCACGCUGCGCAGCUCGCUGUACCGGGCGGGGGGCGCCUACGGGCCGGGCGCGGCCGAGCUGCUGCUGGAGGGCGCCGAGACCGUGACCCCGGUGCCGGCCCCCGCCGGGAGGCAAGGGUACGGGCCCCUGUGGUACGCGAGCGUGGGGUUCGGCGGCCUGGUGCGGCUCCGCGGGGGCGAGCGGGUGUACGUCAACAUCAGCCGCCCCGACAUGGUGGACUACGGGAGGGGGAAGACCUUCUUCGGGGCGGUGAUGGUGGGGUGAGGGCCGCCCGCGUCCCCGCGCAAACGCCUGCACGGUGCGAGUGCGAGGACGCCGGGGCCCGGGCACAUGCAGGAGCCUGGAAGCUGACUUCGAGGCGGUUGAAAAUAAAGAAUGCAAAGCUUCAGCGCCGCUGGUGCAGAUGCUGA